CCGCACUUCCGGCCGCCGUGGCGGCGCUCUGACCCCCGGUAACGCGACGGAAGUGGCCGCCUCGGGGAGGCGGAAGCGAUGGAGCCGGCCAAGAUGGCGUCGCCCAAGAGCGCUCCUAAGGACGCGCAGGUGAUGGCGCAGAUCCUGAAGGACAUGGGCAUCACGGAGUACGAGCCGCGCGUCAUCAACCAGAUGCUGGAGUUCGCCUACAGGUACGUGACCACCAUCCUGGAGGACGCCAAGAUUUACUCCAGCCACGCCAAGAAAUCCAGCGUGGACGCGGACGACGUGAGGCUGGCGAUCCAGUGCCGCACCGAUCAGUCCUUCACGUCCCCGCCGCCCCGCGAUUUCCUGUUGGACAUCGCCAGGCAGAAGAACCAGACGCCGCUGCCGCUGAUCAAACCUUACUCCGGGCCCAGGCUGCCCCCCGACAGAUACUGCCUGACUGCGCCCAACUACCGCCUCAAGUCCCUGCAGAAGAAGGUCACCUCCUCUGCAGGCAGGAUCACAGUCCCUCGCCUGAGCGUUGGAGCUGUGAGCAGCAGGCCCAGCACUCCCACCUUAGGAACACCUUCAGCACAAACAGUGUCUGUUUCAACUAAAGUGGGCACUCCGGUGUCGCUCACUGGGCAGAGGUUCACUGUGCAGAUCCCUUCUUCUCAAGCAGCGGUCAAGGCAGCCACACCAACUACGCCAACAGUUCAGAAUGUGCUAAUUAACCCCUCGUUAAUUGGACCAAAGAACAUUCUGAUUACUACAAACAUGGUAUCCUCACAGAAUGCAGCGAAUGAAUCGAACCCCUUGAAAAGGAAGCAUGAGGAUGAUGAUGAUUAUGAUAACUUGUGAGAAAGCUGCCCCAACCCUCCUGUUCUUCAGUGAUUCAUAUUGAGUAUGAAAGGGUCUUCCCCCCCCAAGUGUUCUUUGUAAGCUAUUCCAUAGGAUGCCAGGACUCUGUUAGUAUGCAGUUGGGUGUACAGUGAGAAAGAGAUAGGUGACCUGUGGAAAAACCAAGGAGCAGUUCCCAUUUUCAUCUGAUCUUUGGUGGCUUUUGGACUUUAUGGCAACAUCUCUGCUGUUACCUUAUGUCAAACGGAGGAGAGUCCAUUUCCCUGCUGGAUGCUCACAAUACUGUUCUGUGCCAAAACCCCCACAAUACGUAGAAAAUGGGGUGGUAGAGAAUACAGCAGCUAAUGAAUUUUGUAUCAAAUAAUAGAAAAUAAAAUCCUAGAUGAGGAGGGAAAGCAUCUUUGCUACUUCUCUCCUCCCCCCCCCCCCCCCCUUUAAUGUAUAUAAUGCUUCUAGGUUGCACAGGUUGCAUACAUUAUUGUCCAUGUGCUGGCCUAGUGCUCUCUUCAACAGGAGAAAUGCAGACAGGAAGAGGUAACAGCUCCCUGCUCCCCCCUUCCUUGUUCUGUGUAUUUCCAUAGAGCUGCACUGGAAGAUGCUUCUGUUGUGUGUCAAGGUCCCAGGAAUGCUGUAAUAAGCAAACAGAACGAGAUCAACUUGUUUCACUGCGAGUAGUUAAAGGCUGAAGGAACCAAGUGGUUUCAGCAAUGCAUGUGUGCACACCCACCCCUCAGAGGGGCACACAGGCUUUAUACAGCCACAUAAGUGUGUUCUAAAGCAACUUGUAUGUUAUCAGAAUGUGUGUACAGGGCUGUAUCUCACACAGGAGCUUCACCUGUGCUGUUCACACCUGAAUUGAUUCUUUUUCCCCCCCUGCAGUCACCUUCCAUAGACCAGCAGCCAUGGAGCUGCUGUACAGUCAGGCUCAGGCACCCUUUCAUAUAAGUAUGGAGUAGUAAUAAGUGGCACCAUGCAGUGCUUAAUUGCAGUGGUUAUAAUUACAGACUGUGUUACACUCCGUAUCACACAUAAUUAUAUGACAUAUACAAUAAAUACAGAAUCAAUUCUAGAUA